AUGCUGCAUUCCAUCUCAAUAGGCGGCGGUGGGCGAGACAACAACCUCCCUCUCUACAAAGGCCUACCCCAAACCGCCCACCACACUCAUACCCAUGGCCCCGCCUCCUACCUCUCCUCCUCGACAACCUUUGACAAGCACCGUAAACUCUCCCUCCUAACCCAGGCCAAACGCUACAUCCGCGCCAUCUCCACCGACGAAGCCACCCGCAAAGUCUUCUUCUUUCUCCUCCUCAACAUCUCCUUCACGGGCGUCGAGUUCCUCUAUGGGUGGUGGACCGGCUCACUCGGUCUCACCGCCGACGCCAUCCACAUGCUGUUCGACUCCACCGCCAUCAUCUUCUCCCUCGUUGCCUCCGUCAUCGCCAAAUGGGACUCCAACGAGCGCUUCACGUACGGCUAUGGCCGCGUGGAAACGCUGACGGGAUUCGUAAACGCCCUCGCCUUGCUGUUUGCGAGCUGGAAUAUCAUCUGGGAGGCCGUGGAGAAGCUGUUUGCCCCGCAACCGAUUGAGAAGACGGGGGAGUUGUUGGUGGUUUCUGUGCUGGGAUUUCUGGUGAAUUUGGUGGGCAUUUUUGCGUUUGAUCAUGGAGGGAUGGGACAUGAUCAUGGACAUGGGCAUGGACAUGGGCAUGGCGGGCAUGAUCAUCAUGACCACGACCAUGGACAUGGACAUGGACAUUCGCAUGAUCAUUCCCAUGGGCAUUCUCACGGCAUGUUCCUCCACGUCCUAUCCGACACCCUCGGCUCCGUCGGCGUCAUCAUCUCCUCCAUCCUCAUCCAGCUCUACGGCUGGCAAUGGACAGACCCCCUCUGCUCCCUCUUCAUCGCCCUCCUAACCAUCGCCUCCCUCUGGCCGCUCCUAAAAUCCUCCACAUACACCCUACUGCAGAGGGUUCCCAUCGCUCUCGAACGGGAGUUACCCGAAGCCUAUCGGAAGAUCGCAUCCCUCGAAAAGGUAACAGGCUACUCAACCCCCCAUUUCUGGGAAAUCUCCCCCGGCACAAACGUCGGGACCAUCAAAGUGCAGACCCGUGAUGUGGCGGAUGUCGAGGGGUUGCGGAUGCGCAUUGGCGGGAUUUUGAGGGAUGUUGGCGUGCGGGAUGUGUUGGUGCAGAUGGAGGUUGGGGUGGGGAAUGUGGGGAUGGGGGCGGUGGGGGGUGGAGGGGGGUUUGCUCCGUCGCAUGGGCACGACCAUGCGCAUUCGCAUGACCAUGGACAUGAUCAUUCGCAUCAUGAUCACUCGCACGGUCACCACCACGACCACUCGCAUGGCGGCCACUCCCAUGAUCACUCGCACCACCACGCCCCAGCACCACCACUGUCACCACCACACCAAUAUCCACAACACCCGCAACAGCACAACACGCAUACGCACCCGCACGUGCAUAUUGCGCCGCCGUUUGCGUCGCGGGGGGUGAAUACUGGGCAUGCGCAUGGGCAUUCGCAUUCGAGCGUCCAAGGGGCGCAAUUGGGUUCGAUGACGACAGGAGGGGUCGCGGGUGGGGGGUUGGUUAAUGGGUAUCGGGGGUGA